CCCCUUUAAUUUUGUCUUUUAUAAAUCUCAUGUGUAUUUGGUUGCUCUGUUCUCAUGACAUAUACUUAUGGUUGCACACACCAUUCAUAUUCCACACUUAUCAUUCCAAGCUUUCUUUCUCAUGGCUCUGCUACCAUCAUCAUCCUCCUCCUUCUCCUCCUUCACCUAUGCAUUCACUUACGAUGUAUUCCUCAGCUUCAGGGGUUCUGAUACUCGCUUUGGUUUUACUGGCAAUCUCCACAAAACUCUCUCAGAUAAGGGAAUCCACACCUUCAUUGAUGAUAAGGACCUUAAGAGAGGAGAUGAAAUCACACCCGCACUUAUCAAGGCCAUUCAAGAGUCGAGGAUUGCCAUCCCUAUCUUCUCUGUGAACUAUGCUUCUUCUUCAUUUUGCCUGGAUGAACUUGUCACAAUCAUGGAGUGUGUCAAGGCAAAAGGUCGGUUGGUUCUUCCGGUUUUCUAUGAUGUGGAUCCUUCUCAUGUCAGACAUCAAAGUGGGACUUAUGCUGAAGCUAUGGACAAGCAUGAGAAGAGGUUUAAGGAUAGCAAGGAAAAGUUGAAGGACAACAUGGAGAGGUUGCAAAAAUGGAAGAUGGCUCUUAACCAAGCCGCUAAUUUGUCAGGCUCUCAUUACAAACCCAGUGAUGGAUCUUAUGAACACGACUUUAUCGGAAAAAUUGUUAAAGAGGUCUUAAGAAAGAUUAAUCGUGUAGCUUUACAUAUUGCUGAUUACCCCGUUGGACUAGAAUCCCAAGUGGAAGAAGUGCUUUUUCUUAUGGAUGUUGGGUCUGAUGAUAAAGUUCACAUGGUAGGAAUUCAUGGAAUAGGAGGGAUUGGUAAAACAACACUUGCUCUAGCAGUUUACAAUUCCAUUGCUGACCAUUUUGAAGGUUUAUGUUUUUUAGAAAAUGUUCGAGAAAAUUCAAACAAACAUGGGUUACCACAUCUCCAAAAGAUAUUUCUUGUGGAUGUACUUGAAGAGAAGGAAAUUGAGAUAACAAGUGUCGGCAAAGGAAUUUCAAUGAUACAACGUAGGCUCCAGCAAAAAAGGGUUCUUUUGAUUCUAGAUGAUGUUAACAAGAUGGAGCAGCUACAAGGCAUUAUUGGAAGGUCUGAUUGGUUUGGUCGUGGUAGUAGAGUCAUCAUCACGACUCGGGAUAAACACUUGCUAGCAUUACACGGGGUUGAAAGCACAUAUGAAGUGGAAACGUUGAACGAGAAUGAUGCUGUUAAAUUGCUCAGAUGGAAAGCUUUUAAAGAGGACAAGGUUAGACCAAACUAUGAAGGCAUGUUAAGCCGUGCAUUGGCUUAUGCUUCCGGCCUUCCAUUGGCUUUGGAAGUAAUAGGUUCUAACCUGUAUGGAAAAAGUAUACAAGAAUGGGAAUCUGCAUUAGAGCAAUAUGAAAAGAUUCCAACUAAAAAGAUUCAACAAGUACUUGAAGUGAGUUUUGCUGCUUUAGAGAAACAAGAGCAAAGUGUUUUCUUAGACGUCGCUUGUUGCUUCAAAGGAUAUCACUUAGAAGAGGUUGAAAAUAUACUCAAUGCCCAUCAUAACCAUUGCAUUAAAUAUCAAAUUGUUGUGUUGGUUGAUAAGUCUCUCAUAAAGAUUACUCAUUCGGGUUAUGUGACACUACACGACUUGAUUGAGGAUAUGGGUAAAGAAAUUGUGCGACAAGAAUCACCACAAGAGCCUGGAAACCGCAGUAGGUUAUGGUUUCAUGAAGACAUAUUUGAAGUUUUGGAACAAAAUACGGGAACAAGCAAAAUUGAAAUGAUGCAUCUAGAUUACCCGUCAUUUGAAGAAGUGAAUUGGGAUGGAGAGGCUUUCAAAGAGAUGAAAAAACUCAAAACACUUGUCAUUAGAAAAACUCAUUUUUCUAAAGGUCCAGAGCAUCUUCCAAAUAGUUUAAGAGUACUAGAGUGGUGGAAAUACCCUUCACAACAUUUACCAAGUGAUUUCCAUCCAAAGAAACUUUCCAUAUGCAUAUUACCUUAUAGUAGCAUGGUGUCCUUGGAGUUGGGAAGAUCAUCAAAGAAGUUCGAGACUAUGAAAGUUUUAAAUCUCGAUUUCUGUGAAUCAUUAACAGAGAUACCUAACUUAACUGGUCUCCCAAAUUUAGAAGAGCUUUCAUUUGAAUUUUGUUCAAAAUUAAUUACGAUUGACUGUUCGGUUGGGUUGUUGGCCAAACUUAAAAGCUUGAAUGCUGGUUAUUGCUCCCAGCUUAGGAGUUUUCCUUCCCUUAAGCUGCCCUCUCUUGAAAAACUCUAUCUUCAUGGUUGUUUAAGUCUUGAGAGUUUUCCAGAAAUAUUAGAAAAGAUGGAAAAUAUAAGGAAGCUUGAUUUGAGGUGCACUAACAUAAGCAAAUUUCCACAUUCAUUUGGAAAUCUGACUCGACUUCUAUUCAUGUGGGUUUCUCACUUGCUGCCAUUAAGGAGCUUAGACACGAUGCCAGAACUAUUAUGGCUCGAAAUCAGUCAGCGGCGGAUAUAUUAUGAGGAUAGCGAGAGUGAGAGUGAAGAAGAAGUGAUGGAUGGCGGAGCUGUGGAAUUAGUUCCCACGUUCUUGAAUGAAAAAGAGAGUUCCAUGCUUUUGCCUUCAAAACUAGAAUGUCUUACUCUCGAACAGAGCCACCUGUCAGAUGAAUAUUUAGUAUUAGUUCCCUCCUUGUUUCCUAACUUGCAAGAAUUAGAGCUAAUGGAUUGUCCAUCAAUCACAGUUGUACCUGAAUGCAUCAAAGAAUGUCGCUUUUUACGGAGGCUUUUCUUGAAUAGAUGCGAGCAACUUAGAGAAAUUUGUGAAGGGAUUUUGCCAAGAUUAAACAAGUUAGUUGUAUGCGGAUGUCCAUCCUUGAGUUCCAGUUGUAGAAGCAUGUUGGUGAGGCAGGAACUGGGUGCGGAUGUAGACAUUCAUCUUCAAUUGCGAAACUUAGAAGGAGAAACGAUUCCAGAGAGGUUUGAGCACCAGAACAGGGGUCCAUCUCCGUCACUUUCUUUCUGGUUUCGUAACGACUUCCCUCUCAUCUUACUAUGUAUUGCUUCUCCACCUGAAACAAAUUUGCCUGACCAUGAUUAUUCAAUAGUAAAUUCCUUCAUCAAUGGCUCUUCAGGUCAACUAUUCAGAGUGAAUUGGGGUUGUACUCUUCUUCAGAGGCUAAGCAAAGACUACUUUGAUACACAUAUGAGCGAAAUAUGCAGGAUAUCAAAAAAUAAGUGGAAUUAUGUGGAGUUUAGGAUUGAAAGGGUCUUUGAUUUUGGAAUUGGAAUCCAUGUAUUGAAAGAGCAAAACAUGCAGGAUAUCCGAUUCAUGAAUCCUGAUAAAAGGAGAAAAAUAGACUUGAAUUUGGCACCGCUUGAAGAGGAUGAUUUGAAUGUGAUAGAUUUUAUCAUUAAUAUGCUACACUAAAACAGGAAGUGCAUGAGGGGUAAAGACCUACUUUGAAUUGCCAUGCCUAUAAACAGGAAGGAUUCCAAAGUGGUUUGAGCACGAGAGAAGGGGUGCACUUUCUUUCUGGUUUUCCAUCGUACACUGAUUUUUAACUCUGAAUGAUUUGGAGACGGAGGCUGUAAACUGGAUCUUGGGACUGUGGCUGGGUAGCAGUCAUCAUUGCUGCUGUUUAUCAUCCAGGUUUAUUGUAAAUAAAAUUUUCAAGCAAUUAAACCUAUCCUUUUGGUAUGUUUCUUUCCCAUUUUCCAGUACCUUUUGAAACUGUUAUGUAUUCAUGAAUCAGUAGUACAUAUUAAGGCUGUGCAUUUUUUAUGACAACUGCAGACUGCUACACUGCUAUGCUACCACACAUCUUGAACUUUUUCCUAGUUUAAUGAUUUUCACUCUUAGCAUAUACUUAUGAACCAUUUUUUACUAUGUCCACUAAGAGAAGCCACGAUUGGAUUACCCCUGACUUAAAACAUUCUAUUCUAUGUAAAAGGUCGCACAUUCUUGAAGGAUUUAGGCGCCUUGUGCAUGAGGAUAAUUUUUUUAAAUUCUUAAGCUUUUGCCGUCGUUUUACCUCGACAUAACUGCAUAUUGUCAUCCUCUUUAAAAACCUUCCAUUCUGCAUAAUAUAUCUCGCAAAUCGAAACUCGUCUGGGGUGCCUCUAUAAUCAUCUAGAUAGCAACUUUUAAGGUGUAAUAGAACACAUUCAGGAACGGAUGGCGGGAAUUUCCAAUCUCCUACUUCUCCACCUUGAACAGAGUCAAGCACACAACAUUCUGGCUGUCAACAAUAAACACAAAAUCAAUAAAUGAAAACGUGUACGAAAAUUAGAAAAUCACCAUAAGCCUCUAAGCAAACCUGCUUUAUGACAAGAUCUUGAAGCAUGGGGCAAUGCUGGAGCAAUUUCACUAUCUGAGACCAAUCAUUAAUAUGAUAUCUAUAGACAAGCUCAACAUUAGUUAAAUUAUGAAACAUGGAGGAAAAGUAGGGGUCGGUGACUUCAUCUAUAUCAUCAUCAAUCUGCAUGAGUUACAAUGUAACAAAAAAAAUCAGAUCAGAUAUCCCAUUUUCCAUAAGAAUGAAAAAGAAUGAUGAUGCAUAAAUCACAUUACCUCUAAGUACAGAACUUUAGCAUUGUUAACCACUUUGAGCAAAAAAUAUGUAUGUUCUGAAAUCUGUAUAUCUGUUCUGAGCAACUUGGGUAACGUUUUGAACUCUCUGUCAGUGACAUCAUAAUUAUCAAAACGUAAAUCAGUUACUUUCAAGUCCUCAAGACCUGGACAUCCAGAAAGAAGCUCCGCGAAAGACUCGCGUGUCGAGAAAGACAGAUUUUCCAGAUGCAGGACUUUAAGCAAUGGGAGAUUAUAAGACCCAAGAUUUUAGAAUUAAAUAAGUAAUUAAUUUCCAACUCACGCAUAGGAUUAUGUGUAAGCGUGAGAGGAACUUGACUCGUGUUUAAUGUUUGGAUUAGCGUUAUGAAGAAGAAAGUUCAGGAAAUAGUUAAGAAUAGUUAUAUAGUCGCUAUAGGUUAUAGCACGAGUUUCAUUCACUUCCGCCUUAGGGCGAAAACGUUAGUAAAUGGCUAAUUUGCUCUUAAAGCACUGUAGAAACGAUAUUCAAAAAUAUUCAGAGGAAUAUAAGAACUUCUCUUAUUCAUUUCCUUGACAAGUGUUUCGACACGAAACCCUGGACUGUACGAACGACCGAUUUCAAUUCUCGGAAGUUUGCCGAAACUGAAUCCCUGAUAGCUCAAGAACCUUUAAGUAAACUGUCGAUGAAGACUUUUUCUAUUCGGAGCUUCAAAUGAAGAUUCCACACGCGUGCACCCAUUUUUUUCGAUGUUUCCAAUCUUUCUUCAGAAAGAAGUUUCUGCAUCUGACAUUCGCUGCAAAAAGUAGUUUUUCGGGUUGAAUUAUUUCAUACCUCUUUUUGGAUCGUUUCAUUUAUUUCAAAACCUUGAUUCAAGUUCUGGAAACUUGACAUCGGAAACCCACUCAGAAUUCACGAAGUAUUGCACAGGAAAAAUCGGAAUCGAGAAAUAUUUGUUUUGCCAAGUUUUUGACCAAUCUAUAAAUAGCCAAAAUUUGAAAUAUCUUCAUCUUUUUCCAUGCUUUGGCCGUGGGUGAGCUUGAGGAGAAGAGGGAGAAGAGCUUUUUGCAAUCCUUGACUGAUCGUCGGACUGACAGUUGCUAUACGUAGGCCUCGAGGUACUGAUGCUUUUCCUUACCUUUGAUCGUAAAUUCUGUCGCUUUUCUCUAUGUCUUUCUGUGCUCAAAGUUUUGAGCUUUUUGUAAAACUGUCCAAAUAACUUGAUUUCUCUGACUAAACUUAUUCCCUGUACGCCCAAGAGCAUGUUUAGCGGAUUACAUUUCGCCGAAUCUCGUCGAAUCGCCUCAGAACUUCAAUUCUGCUCAAAAUACCAAUUUUAUGCUGAGGUUCUGCUUUUUGAAUCAAAAACACUCGACUGAGCUUAGCGUCAGUAGGAUUAGUUGUCAUAAACGUCGUGGGUAUCGACCUCAUCCAAUUUAUUUUUCGAAAUUCCGACUUUGAGUUUCCGAGCUAAAAAUCUUGACCAAAAUACCCCUGUUCUAGUUUUCGAUCCGAUAAUUUUUCUGAGAGUUUCCCUGGCCUAGAUAUCGCCUAAGAAUACCUAGGAAUUGAUUUAGAUCGGAGGAAAAGUUCGGAAACCCUAUUUUCUAAAGUGGCCGAAACCUGUUUGUUAGGGUACCGUGUCCAAAAAUAAUUUUUGGGUAUGUAUGGCCUGAGCUAUAGCGUAGCUCUUUCGAUUGUCGAAAUUUUGGCUUUGGUUUCGUGUCAUUCCGAGUUUUGUAGCUCCAGUUAUGCGCGUUUUAGAAAAUGAAGUUCUGUUAUCAAUUCGUGCCUAAAUAGGAACUCUGAAGCUUUAAAAGCUUUCUUUCCGGUUUCGAUUAGUGUUAUUAGAUUGAUUACUUCUAGUAGGUCUUGUGUUGAUGAUUGUGUUUCCUUGUUCUAGGUUCGCAACUUCCAUGCACAACUUCUACUCACGAAGGUAAGGGUAACUCGGUUUUAGCGCGUCUUUGAGUCUUGCAUGUUUUUAUCGCACUGCAUGCGUUUGAGAUGAAGAUGUUUAAGUUUGAUUGACAUUUGAUUAUGACUGUUGUACUGAACUGGGAAAAUAUUUUUCGGAGGCUUCGGCCGAGUGAACUUAUUGAGACGUGUGUCUCCGUUUUCUGAGAGGCUUCGGCCGUUUACUGGUUUCUGUCAUUGAACUGAGUUGGUAUGUAAUUGAAUUGAUUUAUGUUGGUUGAUAAUAUGAAUAACAUGUGGUUAUCCUGUUUUGAUUAUUGAAUUUGAGAUUGUUGUUUGAGUGACUACUGAGUUGGAUGAGAUGUUUUGAUUUGCUUGAAGUGGCAGUGGAGUGAAUAUUUUCACAUGACUGUCCCGUCUUUCGGGGCGAUAUCAAGUGGUAGUGGAGUGGAUAUUUUCACAUGACUAUCCCUUCCUUCAAGGCGUUACUUAGUGACAGUGGAGUGAAUAUUUUCUCAGGACUGUCCCGUCUUGCGAGACGUUAUCAAGUGGCAGUGGAGUGGAUGUUUUUACAUGACUGUCCCGUCCUUCGAGGCGUUAUCAAGUGGUAGUGGAGUGAAUAUUUUCACAUGACUAUCCCGUCCUUCGAGGCGUUACUUAGUGACAGUGGAGUUGAUAUUUUCACAGGACUGUCCCGUCUUGCGAGACGUUAUUGUUUGAUUUAUAUUGUUGAGGAUUGUUGAUAUCUGAUUUGAUGUUAUAUUGUUGAGAAUUAUUGAUAUCUGAUUUGUUGUUAUAUUUUUUAGGAUUAUUGAUAUCUGAUUUGUUGUUAUAUUGUUGAGGAUUAUUGAUAUCUGAUUUGAUGUUAUAUUGUUGAAGUUAUUGUUAUCUGAAUUAACCUAUGGUGUUAAGUCAUUGAUUCCUGAGUUAGUUUAUGUUGUUAAGUUUUGUUGGUAUCUGUUUUAAAACCAUAUCGUUGAUUUUGCUGAUAUGUUUAAUUCUGUUAAAUAUAUGAUUCGAUUUCAUGAUCGAUAGGAUGAGUUGUCAUCUAUCCUGAAUUAAAUUGGUAGCUUACUUACCAUGGCAUGUAUUAGAUUUGAAUAACAUGUUUUUCUCUUUAUUAUGUGGUAAUUGCAUGGAGUUAACCCUUUCUAUUUGCUACUUGUUGUUUGGGCGCUUAACGCUAUUAGGCGAUGGAGAGCCUUCCGCUGAAGCUUAGCUGUUCGAGUUGGAGAUCGUGACCGUGGGCGGUCGAGUAAAGGUGGAUGAAGCAGUUGUUUCUCCCUUUUUGGUGGACUAUGUCUGAGUUUCUUUCCCCAUUUGAAAACUCUGUUGUUUAAACCUUAUCUUCGCCACUUGUCUAAGUGAGCGUACUUAUUUUGGAACCCCGUUUAUGGUGUUGUGAACUACUCUAUGUUAUGUACAUUAUUAUGUCGGGAAACAGGUUAUUUAAAUAAAGUUAUGUAAUGUUUCCAACCCUAUGGUAUUUAGUCAUUUUCAAAAAAUAUACCCUUGGUUUUUAGGGAUUGCAGAAUAGUCCUUAAACUUUGUUAGGUUACUUAAUGUGAUUCCUCAGUUGCGAAAUUGGGGCGCUACAGAGAGCAGCACAGGAAAACAGUUCCAAAUUUAUCUGAUACAACUUGAGAACCACAAGAGUUGUGCAACUGAAAAUGGAAGACAAGUUGGCGGGUCGCGUGAGGCACGAAUGAAAUCGGAGGUAGAGAUGGAGGUGCUGAAGGCUGCGUUUCACUGUUGUAUUAACCCAUAGCUCGAAAUUGACAGGAUCAACAGAAUCACAAAAGUUAUAGGUGAGUUGGAAUUUAUGAAUGGGUUGGUUUUGAUCUCGGGAGAGGAUAACAACAUUCACGGACUGCAGAAAGAGCUCUGUUGUGAUAAAACGACUGUGGCAGAAGAAUUCCAGAGUGGGAACUGAACGCCAAAGAGGCUUCCACCUCUUGCAGAGAACGCUGGUUGCAAUGGCUUCCUCAGUUGGGAGAAAAGAGAGAAUGUGACAGAGAAUUGGAUCUGGUUCAAUUGUGGAAACUUUGGGAUUGACUGAACAAGCUUGUGAGCGAGACCUACACCGCGAGACUGGAACAACUCGAGGUUAGGGCAACUUACUUAUUAGCUAUUUGCAUUGUAGGCGUCGAUAACUUCGACUUGAAUAUUGCUUGAUAUUGAAUAUUGCUUGGAUAUUGUUUAUCGCGUUAUGGAAAAAUAUUUUCUGGAGGCUUCGGCCGAGUGAACUUAUAUGAGACGUGUGUCUCCGUUUUCUGAGAGGCUUCGGCCGUUUACUGGUUUCUGUCUUAUGAUUCUCGCACCGUAUUAUUGUUGCAUCGCUCUUUAGAGCUGAAUAUUGUUGAAUUGAUAUCAAAUUGUGCGUGUUGACGCGAUUGCGGAGCGUAGGACAUUUGAGUUGAUUUUGUUGAUCUUUCGGGUUGAGAGGAAACCCUAGGCAGGUCCUGACCUGAGGUCUGAGAUCUAGCCCUUUUUGAAAUACUUAGACUUUUCCCGGGGAUUAUAUUUGGGGAAUUUGGGAAGCUUUGAAUAGUUGGAAAUUGGAACUUGGGAACUUAUGGAACUUGGAUUUCGAUAAUAAACCUCAUAACUUGAUUAACUCAACUUGAAAUGCUUUGGUUAAUUAACGAGACCUUUAGGAAAAUUUAAGAGUUGGAAGUGAUUGUGAAAAACGGGAAAUAGUCGAAAAGCCUUGAACUUGAGAUGAUUCGAUGGUCGUCACAGGGAUGAACCAUAGUGACCAUGGAAAUGUCACUGAGUGCAAUAUGUACUCCGGCUUAUCACAGCUAGUCGCAAAGACGACUUUGACCUUCGGGUAUCUUUAAAUUGAAAUUUGUAGUUAAACACGUACGUGUGAGGACGAUUCGAUGUUUAGCUAAACAUAUUGCAUCAUGCAUAUACUCGGGGUUGGGACGGUCGAUAUACUGGCCUUCAUGAAGAACACCAAGAGUGUAUCUUCGGCAUAGCGGGCGCGAAUCCUUAUGUUCAACCCGACGGGUUGGACCGAUUCGGCAAUAAUCGUUUGACACGCGUGAAUCCUUAUAUUCAAUCCGAUGGAUUGGAUCGAUUCGGCGGUAGUCACUCGGGCACGCGUGAAUCCUUAUAUUCAAUCCAAUGGAUUGGAUCGUUUCAGCGAUCGCCAUAUAAACUCGCGUGAGUCCGCAAGUUCAAUCCGAUGGAUUGGACCGAUUCAACGAUAAUCUUUCGACACGCGCGGAUCCUUAUAUUCAAUCCAAUGGAUUGGAUCGAUUCGGCGAUAGUCGUUAGACGCGUGCAACGUCCGUAUGUUCGACUCCAUUGAGCGAACCGACUUGGCGUUGUCAUUUGCUGCGUGUGCGAGUCCUUAUGUUCAACCCAAUGGGUUAGAUCGACUCGACAUGCAUAUUUAUUGGGAUCGUCGUUUGAAUUGAUAUUGCAUGCAUACAUGCGCCCCAAUUUGGAAUCGUUGAGAUAUUGCUUAUUGAAUUGUUGAGAUAUUGCUUAUUGAAUUGUCGAGAUAUUGCUUAUUGAACUGUGGAGAUAGUAGAUAUUGAAUUGUUUAUUGGAGCAUUGAUAACAAGCCAUGUAUAUACCUUAGGGUAGGCAAUACAAAACUUACAUGUAUAUAUACAACCUAUAUAUAUAUACCCCUUAAUUCAUCACAUGUUGCUUGUAUUAUCUAUUAUAUCCUGUGAGUUGACCCUCGCACCUUGGCUUUGUUUGUAUGUUUGUGUUUGGGCGGUCGGCUCGCUGCCAGGCGUCCGUCAGCCGGUUCGUGAUGAUUCGUUGUGCGGGAAAGACCCAGAGCGAAAUGACUAUUACUGAAGCCUUCGACGAGGACCCGGACUUCAUGCCUGAUCGAGGAAGGGUCGAUGAUAGUAGUGUGGGUUAUGGGUGGUUAGAGUCUUUUGAGCUGGUUGUUGCUGUCAUAGCUCUGAUUCGUCAUUUGUACUUUUGGGACCAGGUAGUUUCCGACAGGUUGCUUUCGGUGUGGUUCUCCAUAGAUGGGGAUCGCAUGGAGUAGUCGGACGUAGGAAGUCUUUUUGGAAGCCGUUUUGGGCUAACUUACUUUCUUGGAAGACUGUAUUUAUAAAACUCAUGACUCUAUCUAUGGGUCGCACUUGUUUGCCGUUGGGCAAUACCUUUAGUUAUUUGAUGUUACAUUCCGUCACUUGAGGACACUCGUGACGAUGUUUUUAGUUGCAGCGAGAGCUGUACUUAUAUUGUAUAUUAAUCGCGAUUGGGUUGA